GAAGUGACGUAGCAAUGUUGUGAAUUGUAAAGAAGCAGAGAGAGAGAGAGAGAGAGAGAGAGAGAGAGAUCCCAACUGCACUGACGUCUUCUCAGGAAUAUUCUAGAAGGAAAACAUUCAUGUCCGCACACUUUUGACCGCAUUGAAACCCUCAUGGACCUCCAAAAAAUAAUCCACGGUGCAUUGCACGACUUUAUUCAGACUUACAUCCUCGACGCGGAUCUCAGCACGCUGGAUGACGUCCUUCUGUCCUACAUCACUGGAGUUCUGCAAGAUCUGGGCUCCCAGCAAAGUGUGGAGGAGAACUUUGACGUGGAGAUCUUUGCGGAGAUGCUGGAGGCGUACAUACCGGGAUUUGCAGAAAUCGAUAGUGUCAAAGUGUGUGAAAUGAUGUUCAGCCUGGCGUCCACACUCGCCACAGCGAGGACGGCAGCUGACGGAGAAAGCCGCGCACCCAAGUCAGAGGACAGAGCUCUCAAACCAAGUGGACCUCCACCCGGCAGUGAAAUGCAGUGCCUACAAUCACAGACAGAGGGCGCCACAGCCAAGCUACCAGUAUCAGAGUGGGAGUCUCAGGAACAGCACCUCCUGGAGAUGUUCCCCAAGUGCAGUUUGUCCGAGGCCCGCAGCGCCCUCUCUAUCGCCAAAGGAGACAUGGAGGAAGCUGUUCGCCUUAUCAUCGAGGGAGAUGUCCAACUCAGCCCCUCUCCACUUAAUGUAAAUCAGGGGAAGAACAUCUCUUCAGUGGCAGAUCAGAAACUGAAAGAAAGCAUCCUGGAGAAGUACAUGCUGGUCGACAACGAAGAGGACAAAAAAACCCACCGGCCCGUGGCCCCCCGAGACGCUCCCAAAAAGCUGGUCCGUUACCACGGCAACCAGGUGGUGACCACCAAGGGAGAGCGCUACCAGCUGGUGAAAAAGGACGACUCGGAAGACAUGAAGAAGACGUACGUCAACCUCAAGCCGGCUCGGAAAUACCGAUUUCAUUGACCAGGGGCGAGUGUACUGGCGGGUGUUGUUGACGUCUUCUAUGCUAAAGCUAGUGAGUUUGUGGCUUAUUUUUUAAUAGUACCUAUUAUUAUUAUUAUUAUGACCUAUGUUUUUGUUAGUUUUAUUUUGUAAGGUUUGUCCGUAUUCCCGUGAACUUCCAUGAUUUCAUGGAAUUUUGAAUGACUGCUUUUUUUUUCUUUCUAUUUUUAAAAGUCUCACCUGCUUGUACAUAUGAUGACAUCAUUGUUCAGCAGUUUCCCCGUACCUCCCUUUUUAUUUACGGCAGACCGCUACCUGUCAAAAACGGACUGUCCGUGAACGUCGUUACAACUUGGCGCUGCGUCGACCUCACACACACCUGGUCUGCCAGAGAAUAAGAAGACGCAACAGGUGGGAUCUCCUAUUUGAAAGAAUCUUGCAAAUAGAUUGCAGUCCUGUGUGGACAUCACUGUUAACUUUUAAUUAAAUGAUUUUAUUAUCCUUCAAGGUAAUGUACUGUGCAUACUCUCCUUUUUGAGAUUGUAUUUAUUCAUUACAACUUUUCUACAACGCAUACAAGCUUGACUUGAAGUUUUAUGUUCUAAACCCUUCAGAUUUCCAGAGUGGUGAUGAAGUGGUCUUUAUCAUGGCUCAUUUGUGACAUGUAGUUUUAUUGCAAAAAUGUGUAUAUUUAUAUAUAUUUUGUAUUUAUUUGUGUGUAUUUGGAGUGCGCUGUACAAACAUUAUUGACCCGGUGGAGUGCAGCUGUAACACAACUGGAUAUGUACAGUGAAUAUUAAAGUCUUUUAACAAUUUAA